GCAAUCAAGAAAGAGAAAGAAAGCAAAUCUUGACAGAAGAAGAAGAAGAAAUCAAGAAAUUAAUCAUGUGUUGUUGUGGAGAUGAUUGUCAAUGUCGUCCUUUAGGUUUUCUAUUGGGUCUUCCUUUUGCCUUUGUUGCCCUUCUCCUCUCCAUCGUUGGUGUUGUCAUCUGGAUUGUUGGAAUCAUAUUGAGUUGCAUAUGUCCAUGCUGUAUUUGCGUAACAGUAUUGGUAGAGUUGGCUUUGGGAUUAAUCAAAGCACCCUUUUCGGUUAUGAAGUGGUUUACUGAGCAAAUUCCUUGUUAGAAUACACCUUGUAUAAAUUCAUCUCCCUAAUUUCUAGUAAUUCUUUUAUGUAAAUUUAUUUCUGUGGUGAGAGAAUAAAUUAGAUUUAUUUUAUCUUGUUAAAUUUGUCUCCUUUGCCUACAAAAACUAUUCCUGAAAUUAAUUGGUAUUUUGUUUUCCAUAUUCGGUAGAAUAGUUGAGCGCUUGGUUCUUCUUUAUUAAUAUGAGCAAUUCAAUGCUCUGCUGUUAUUGAAGAAAUUUUUUUAUUUAACAUUUGCUGUCAA